AUGCUGGGAAUCUAUACGGUGAAUCGAUUAGAUGCGCUCUUGUUCCUGCAGUUCAAACACCUCCGUUUUUCCAUCCAGAGAGAUCCUCUGGGAGGGCCUCCGAUUCCUCUGAUCGAAAUCCGGUCCGAGCACGUGAAGCAAUUCCUAGGAUUGACACAAACUAAUAAUUUUCCCCUUCCCGAGAUCAUCGAUGAUCCCUCGUUGAUCUUCAGCCCUCAUGUCUUCGUCUUCGGUAUCCUGUUUUUUUUGGACGCCUUUGAGGCACCGAGGCUGACCUCGAUGGGACGCCUUCGCGAACUGCUGACGGAAGAUGGCCGGCAGGAGAUGCAGCUCCCCUUAAAACCGGAGGUCGAGGAGUACUUCCUCUUCUGUAAGACGAAGGUGGUCGAUGGGAAACCGACUCUUGUAUGGAACGAGCCGAUCAAUGCCAGCACCAUGUCGGGGCGAUUGAGGACGCUUGGCGAGAUUCACGGAUGGCUUCACUCGAUGUUCGCGCAUCGGAUGCGGUACGGCGGAGGAAAGGUGCUCAAUGCGAGCGGGGUGGUGAGCGAAGCCCAACAGAAUCUGAUCAUGAAACACUCGAACAUUCGCACGUUCCUGGACCAUUACCUUCCCCGCCAUAUCGACACGGACAUGCAAAAUAUCAUGAACGGUCGGGAGUCGAAUACGGGUUUGAUGCGUGCCAUCACCCGGAUGAGUCGAUGGAUUGACAAGAGGCGGCCUCGCCGUCUGAGCGCGCAGCAGCGAGCUUCUCUUCGCCAGCAUCCCGAGUACCUGGCUGCCGUCCAACGACGGGACGAUGCAGUGGAGGCUUAUCGAUGUGAUCCCACGUCGGAGGAGUGGGCGCGCCAGCAACGACGGGAGCGCGAGGUCAACAGCACAUUCCACCGACUUGGGAGGGCGCUUCGGAAACAAGUGCGAAGCGAAUUCGAUCGGAAACAAGCGGUGCUUGAUAUCGAGCGGCAGCUUUCUGGGGCUGCAAUUAACGAUCAGGAAGCCACGGAGGUGCUUCGGACCCAAGACCAGAUGCCGGCAGCGCAGAUUCAUCUUAUCGAGAAGCUCUUCACAUGGCCGACAUCGAAUUCUCUGGAAGAUGAAUGGCAACGUCGCAACGUCGCUACGGAGGCAGUCACUCAGUAUUGUUCCGUGUGGGAAGGGGGUCCGUUGCCUGGACGGCCUAAACGAGCGGCCUCGAGUGACGAGUCCGAUGAUGAUCGGAAUGUCACCUGCAAACGUGUGGCCCGUGGAGACAACAAGCCUCACGCAUUUCCAAGUGAACGCGACAUCGCGCUUCAGGCAGCUGAUAAACAGAUCCAAGAGGAGGGCAAGCCCCGAAGGUGCUUCCAGUGUUUCGGCAACCGUCAGUUACCGGACCAUCGUCGGAUGCAAACAUGGUCGGAGUAUAAAUCCGUGGUGCGACAUUUCCGGACGAGGCACCUGAACGAUCGCCGGUGUAAUUACUGCGAGGAACAGUUGCUACAUGAGAUGCAUCUUCGGCGUCACGCUGCAGCAGUUCACCGGCUUACCACUUAG